AUGAGUAGACUAUACGACAACAAACCCCUGGCUAAUUUACCAGUGCAGAAUGUUCAGUGGAAUGGAAUCUGGAAUCACAAUGAUUGGACGACUGCUAAGAAGGAACAAUCUGGCGUUAUCUUUGAAGGCAAAGUUCUCAGUCAGGCAAGAAUUAGCAUUGCAAGUAAACCAGAAUCAGCAGCACCAAAAGCACGUUACUAUCUCUUGUUUAUGAAGAUUACAAAAGCACACAAGCGAAAGUUUGGUGCAGAUGGGGCAGAAAUAGAACCUAACUUCAGCGAAACUACCAAAGUCUCAACAGGAUAUCUUAACUCUUCUUAUGAUGUCAAAGCCAAAGGAAAAACAGACAAACUUUCGACAGAUGAAGUGAAAGCACUUAUCGAGAAAAAAAAUGUUAGUUCCAUGAUUGCAGAAAUCGUGGAGAAAUCUUCAGAAGCUGAUGUAACUCUUUUAAUGAGAGAGGAAGAUCGAGAUAAACUGGAGCUUUUCAACGAUGUUCCAGUGAGAGUUAAAACUGCUGGGAAUAAUCCAUUUGUGGAAAGUUUGGUUUUAAAAGAUGAUGGAAUGUCAGCAACUGCAGGCAAUUUUGUUGGGGAUGAGACUGUUGGAAGUAACUGGACUGAUAAAAUCAUGGCAGUGAAAUCUUCCUUGGGUAAUCAAGGGAGCACAGACAAGUCAGAAAUUGCUGAUGAUGAAUGGGAUGACUGA